AUGGCUGAUGAAACCAGAACUGGUAGCAGUGGCAAGCUGAUGGUUUGCGCCCGAAUUGGACUGAGAGCUCUAGCAUUGCUUUUUGGUAUUGUUGUCAUGGGAGUAAUAGCAGACAAGUUAAAAGAGUCUCCUCGUGCUUGCAUUUUUGGACUGAAAAUCGGAGAAAAUAAGGGUGAUGUAAAUGCUUGUAACUACGGCAUUGCAAUGGGAGCCCUCACUCUCCUUUUUGUGAUCGUCUACAUCACACUCGACGUUCUUCUCUAUUUCUGUGAAGUGGGAAGUGCGGUCGUAAAGAAAUUUUACACCAUUAGUGAUUUGGUGCUUUCGGGGCUUCUUGCGUUUUUGUGGAUAGUUGGAUUUAUCUACUUGUUAGACAAAUGGGUUGAAGCAGAACCCAAAGAUAAAGAAUAUUAUGGAUACAAAAUUAACGAUUUAGCAGCAGAAGCAGGAGCAGCAAUUGCCUUUUCUUUGAUGAGCGGAGUUGUUUGGAUUGUUUUGGCUAUUAUGGCUGGUAUUCGUCUAAAGAAAGCUCUAGCCUAA